AUGUCUGUCCCACGAGACGAUCAGAACGUUAAAACCAUCCUCGUUUCCGGCGGUGCUGGAUACCUCGGUUCCACUAUGGUCCCCCUUUACCUCGAACAGGGUUACAAAGUCACCGUCUACGAUAUCUUCCGAUGGGGAUCUGCUUCCCUCCUCGGUAUCCUCCACCACCCAAAUCUCACCGUCAUCAAAGGUGACGUCCUCGACACUCCACGAUACAAGGCCCUCGUCGAAUCCCACGACGUCAUUAUUCACCUUGCUGCUAUCGUCGGUUACCCUGCCUGCAAAAAGGAGCCCGAGCUUGCCACCGCCUUGAACCAGACCUGUGUCGAGCAGCUCUGCGAAUGGCUCAAACCUCACCAGCGAGUCAUCUACGCCUCUACUGGUUCCUGCUACGGUGUCGUCGAGGGUAUCUGCACUGAAGACACUCCCUGCAACCCAGUUUCUCUCUACGGUGAGACCAAGCAGGCUGGUGAGACCGCAGUCCUCAAGAAGGCCAACGGUGUUGCUCUCCGACUUGCCACCGUCUUCGGUGCCUCCCCACGACUCCGAGUUGAUCUCCUUAUCAACGAUCUCCUCCACAAGGCCUGCACCAUGAAGACCUUUGAUCUCUACGAGCCCCACUUCAAGCGAACUUUCCUCCACGUCAAGGAUGUUGCCCGUGCUUUCCUCUUCGCCAUCCAGCACUACACCUCCAUGCAAGGAAACGCUUACAACGUCGGUGACGAGUCCAUGAACCUCACCAAGAUGGAGGUUGCAAAACUCAUCGAAGCCAACGUUGAAGGAUGCAACAUCACCGAGGGUAAAGGUACUGACGCUGACAAGCGAGAUUACGAAGUCAGCUACCAGAAGAUCAAGAAGCUCGGUCAUCAAACAGUUACUGUCACAGUUGAGCAAGGCAUCAAGGAGCUGCUCAAGAUCAUUCCUCACUUGAGCGAGUCCGAGUUGAAGAUCAUGAAGAACGUCUGA